AUCCCCCUUGACUCAAGUUUGCAUCUAGGUUGGUUGUGAUUAAGCCGCUCAAACUCCGAUUUGAGGGAGAGCACUAGGCAACCCCUAGAGACUGAGUGAGAGGAUCGAUUCCGUACCAAACCCAUAUCUAGUGAACCCAUCCCGUGACAAAUGGAUCACUAGUUGCUCCUCCUAGCGGUUCCCCUAGACGAUGUGAGUGGAUCGAUCCCGUGACAAAUCGAUUGCUAGUGAAUUGAUUCCGUGACAAACCGAUCACUAGUUGCCCACCCUCGCGGUUCACAACCACCUACACCACACGACUCUGUUCAAUCCAACGAGUCAUGGUAGCUAGUUAGGGGGAAGCAACUACUGGGUGAAGCUCCCUUAGUUAUAAUUUUCCUUUAUUUACUUUUCUUUGCUUGUUUAGUUUGUAGUAGUUCCUUUAGUUCUAAACCCAAAAGUUUCUUGCUAGAUAAUAACCUUAGCGAUUGAAGUAGUGGUACAUGGAUCAGCCCUGGUUGAUAAUUAAAACUUACUUGCCCUAUGAUGCUCCCUUCUAGAGUUUAAAACUUAGACUUUAGAGGGGAUUUCUAGUGUGGUUUUUUGUGUGAGUCAACCCUUCAACAACACUGUCUCUACGCAUCAUUCCAAUUUUCAAAUAACACUCCUUGGCUCUUCAAAUAUGUCCUUAGACAAAAAAAAAAAAAAAAAAACUGAAACUGUCUGCCAUACUUGCUUCUACAAUGAACUUAAUCCCAAACUUUAACCCUCACUAAUUACACAGAAACUGAACCAUGAUAUAUACUUAGUUGCAUCGUACAACAAAAGAUUCUUGAUCAUUACAACAACACAUUUAUCAUUAUUUAUUGGGUUAAUACCUUAUUCUGGCCCGAACUAUGACCAUAUAAUUAACUUUGGCCCAUGGUUUCAGAAAUUAACAUCCUGCCCCGAACUUUGCAAUAUACAGACUCAUUUGGGCGGAAUCAUGAUUUGACCGUUUGUUUGGACGAUCAACACCGUUGACUAUUAGUCAAUUGUCCAGAUCACAGCCAUGUCAGCACCAAAGAAAUCAAAACUCAAUUUUAUUUUAUUAUUACUUUACCUAAUUAAAAAAAAUUAUUUUCGGCCACCCACCACCUUAUCCCCUCGCCUCUUUCCUUCUUCUAGCAAAACCAAAAAAAUCCCUAACCCUAACCAUUCUUCUUCUCCAAAGCCGACACCAGACUCCCCAAAGCCGUCAAGCUCCGAUGUUACACAUGGCAUUCACGUCAGUAAAAUAUGCUAAUUUACUAACGGUCAACACUAUUAACCAUCUAAUUUGACGGAAAUUAACGAAUCGGGCCAAUUGAGUCUAUAUGUUAUAUCAUUCGAAUUAGAAUAUUAAUUUCUCAAACCACUAGUCAAAAUUGAUUAUUUGGUCAUAGUUCGGACUAGAAUAAGAUAUUAACACUUAUUCAUUCUACAUGAAUACAUUAUUAUUAUUAUUAUUAUUACAGUGCUGCGAUCAAAUCUGCCCGGGUGACCUGACUGAAACGACGCGCGUCAUCUUUUAUUCCAUUGAAGUAAAUGAAAACCCUAAACCCCGACUUUCCGGUCUCUGACUGAGCCUACCUCAGUCUCUCAUCCUUUCCCUCUUCUCGUCGACCGUCGCCGCUCUCACUCCGUCGAACAGACGGCGGGGUUUCCUCCGUCGUCCUUGCCAUCUGAUCUAGCAUCCGCCUCCCAUACUCGAAUCCAAACCUUUCCCCUGCAAAGAAGACUUCCCCGUCUCUUACUUCCAAUAUAAUCUUCGCGUUUGCCGAUUCCCAGAAGAAGAAAUGCGAUCUGUUUUCGGCGCAUUGAUUCGAAGGCAAACCCUUGGCAGCAGCUCCAUAACUGCGCGAUUGCAGUCCAGCGGAGGAGUAGGUGCUUCUUUCGCUAACUGUGGCAGUGGAAAUCAUGUGUUCUGUUCUUCGGCUUCGAAUUGCGCUCACUGUUCGAAGAAUCACUUUCUCCGCUCGUUUCACCAUUUCCCUUCCGGGUCUCCUCGGCUACUGACAUCAGAGUUGAAGAGUGGGAGCCUCGCCAAGUUUAGUGGCAGUGGGAUAAGCUCUAGUCUAAAUUUAUCGCCUGGGUCUGUUCUUGGGACUUCUUUCCCAAGCAGGGGCAUUUCAACUGCGGGCUCCUCUGAUGCACCGACUUCGCAAGAUUCUUCAAUACCGUUUGAUGAUGUACCACCGCGAAUCAAAUUCAAGAGGAUGGAUAAAACAGCAAGGAACAUAAUGCAGAUUCUCAAUAGGGAGGCCGUAGAGGAAGUGAGAACACAGAGAGAAGUACCCGAUAUACGUCCUGGUUACAUUGUGCAACUCAAAGUGGAAGUGCCUGAAAAUAAGAGGCGUCUUUCAACCGUUAAGGGCAUUGUUAUAGCAAGACGCAAUGCUGGUAUAAACACCACAUUUAGGAUCAGAAGGCAGGUAGCAGGAGUUGGAGUUGAGUCUCUCUUCAUGUUAUACUCGCCUAACAUAAAGGAGGUUAAGAUUCUGGACAAGAAGAAAGUAAGAAGAGCCAAGCUUUACUAUCUGAGAGAAAAGAUGAAUGCCCUUUCAAAAUAACCAGUCUGUCGCGAUCGGAAGAGUAUCAUUGGUUCAGGGAGAUGGUAGACUUCGAUUUUAAGACACUCCUUUUGCUGUUAGCUCCACCUGAAUAACUAGGUCAAUUGUCGAAUUUUGUCGAGACUAUUUGCUCCAUUGUACAACACUACCAGUAGCAUGCACAUGAGAGUACAAAGAAUCCCCUCAAAGAUUCUCCAAACUCUUAUUGCAACAAAUGAAAUCAAAAUCGAUUAUAUUAAUAUUGUUGGCUGAUCCUUCGUAGAGCCUAAAUCUUCUUUUUAUGUACAAAAUUUUCUGACUUGUUCUACUUAAUACCUAUUGCUUUGCAUCGUUCUCCUCUACUUUGAGGCGAACUAUUUGCUUGAGUCCCAAGAAAAGAUAACGAUGCAU